AUGCAACCUGAAUCAGUGCAGUUCAAAGCACUUAUUCUGUUGGUAAUUGACACAAUGUACACACAUACUUCAGCCCAAAUUUCCGAAGUGACAUUCAAACUGAUCGAGCAUCCAAAGGCAAACACUCUGGUUGGAAAUAUUUUUGAUGUCGCACAACCAGCAGAGCACAUACGCACUUUGCGUUUGGAGGCAGUGGAAGUUUCGUGGUUAGACUGGUUUCGAUUGGAUCGUCAACGAGGUGAACUGUUCACAACUGAGGAAGCGUCACUAGGAUUGGACCGGGAAAGGAUUUGUCCCCAUCAUCCUCGAAUGAGGCAACGGAAUAAUACUCCAACUUGUGGAAUUAACUUAUUGGCAUCGGUAAACAAUCGACAACUAAUCAAAAUUAAUAUUCUUGUGCUCGAUUUGAAUGACAACCCACCAAAAUUUCCCAACUCCAACCCUCAUUCCAAUGUACAGGAACUAGUUGUUGACGAGUCAAGUGAGCCUGGACAGACCAAGUUUUAUUUAAAUGCUGCCUACGAUGCGGAUAAUGGGGGGCAGCAGACUGUGAUACAUUUUCUUGACCCGCCCUCAGAAUAUUUUCACCUGCUGGAUGAAACUGAUACAAAUUUGGGCCGGAGGGAUUUGUAUCUUCUGGUCAACAAAAGGCUGGAUUACGAGACGAUCAGAGAAUUCCACUUCAACCUAACCGCCUGCGAUGGAGAUCUUGAAUGGUUACACGCAAAACAUCCCAUUCGGAAUAAUCCUGUCCAUUGUACCAGUCAAAAAAUUCACAUUGCUGUUCGUAACACAAAUGAUGAAACUCCAAUUUUCAGACAAAGAAACUAUUCUGUGGUGCUAAAAGAAACCACACCAGUUGACUAUCAGAUAAUCACUUUGGAAGCAUAUGACGCUGACUCGCCUCCAUUCAACAAGGUGUAUUACAAACUUUUACCGGAGAAGGGGAAUCAAGGACUGUUCUCAAUUGAUUCAGAAACCGGUGUUGUUCACCUGCGAAAACCAUUCCCUUCUCCUGGUCUGUAUCAGAUCAAUGUGUUGGCGACCAACGAACAGUCGGAUAACAUCCAAGAGGUCAAAGGAAAACAAAGAUCUUUGGAGGGAGCUUCUCAAGCUUCCGUGUUCGUCCACGUCCUUGACACGAAUAACCAUGCGCCCAUUAUUGCACACCAGAAGUCAGACGAAACUAAUCAGUACACAUCAAAGAUUUUAGCGUCCCAGUUGGAUGAGUGGUUAGAGGAUAAGUUCGAAUCUGUUUUUGUCCAAAUUCCUGAGACAAUUUUACCCCCUGUAACACUAGCAUAUUUUUCAGUUACUGAUCGAGAUUUGGGGGAAAAUGCUCGGGUGGUCUGUAGUUGGCACUGGUCCGAUAAGAUGGAUAAACAUUAUCGUUUGCCACGUCGUUCAUUUGAGUUAUAUCUGGUGAGUAAACUCACAGAGUCAACAUCAUUAUAUCGACUAGUGCUCAAGGAGCCGCUGGACGCCGAGAACAUUUUGAAGGACGCUUCACCAGUCUCGUCCAGUAUGGGUGAUCAAACACUGCGAAUCGCUGCUUUACUUAAGCUGAAUGUAACGUGCAGUGACCAUGGGUUUCCUAAAAUGACUGGCAGAAUCCCUAUAUUUGUAUUUCUGCUAGACGUUGAUGAAUUUCUGCCAGAAGUGAUGGUCACAGCUGGGAAAGGAGUGAGUUCGUUGACGACGACGAACACAUCUAAGACCAGUGUGUUGGUACACGUGGAAAUCCUGGAAAACCUACUUCCCGGGUCUAUAGUGAUGUUGUUCACUGUAAGUGAUCAAGACGUGUUUUCUCAACCAAGAUUUGAAGUUAUUGGAAGGGAAAGUAGGCACCUCAACAUCAACAAAACAUCGGGGCAGAUUUUCAUGAAAAUACCCUACGAUUAUGAAGCCGAAAGGAUGGAUCAUGUUCAUAUCGUCCUUUAUGAGAAGGACUCCAGAAAUGAUUCCUUUAGCGUGAAUGUGACUGUGAACGUCUCUGUAACAGACGUUAACGAUCAUGUCCCUGUGUUCACUGCGCCACCCUUAGUCAAUACCGGUACGUAUUUGAGACCAAUCUAUUCUAAAAACAUCCAUUUUGAUGGAAUACGUUUGGUUGAGAUAGACGAAGAAGGUCGGCUGAAUAAAAGUAUUGUAAAACUACAAGCCGGUGAUGCUGAUUCCAACAUGAAUGGCCAAGUGCGUUUUUUUCUUGUGGAGGUAUUACCAAGGUCAUUUGAUUCGGAUCACGUUUCGCAGUCAGGGAGUACGGCGAAAGGCAACAUGAGUACGGUAGAACUUUUCGUUUCCAGUGAUGGGACAAUUUGGAGCAGCCAUCGGUUAGACAGAGAAGCGACAUCUCUGAUUGAUGUACUGGUUGGUGUACACGACCUUGGUGAACCACGUCUGACUUCCUAUACUUCCGUUAGGAUUGUGCUUAAGGAUAUAAAUGAUCACGCACCGAAAUGGCAAUUUCCCACCACAUCAGACUAUCUUAUCACUGUGAGAAAAUCCACCACUCUGUUCAACCAGACACUAACAAGGAUACACGCCAUUGAUCUGGACGAUCCGAAGCAUAACGGACGUUUGACAUAUGAGUUCCUGUCUCAUGGGAACAGUCACAGCGACCAUAUUUCUGUAAACAACGAUUCCGACUUGACUUUCACCUGCUUUAUUGUCAAAAAGUUGCUCGAUGUGAAUCCCCAAACCGGAGUGAUUAAAUUUCGUCAGUCGAUGCGCAACCUUCCUGUAGGAUUUUUGGAUGUCUGGCUUAAAGCCACAGAUCAUGGAUCUCCGGCACUAAACAGUAUAUCCAAAUUGGUCAUUUAUUUGGCAGAAGACAGUGAUGAUGUCAGCAAGGAAGCACUGUUGAAACUACAUCAAGACCCAAAAAAUUGGAUUACCACAAAAAUUCGAUCAAGUACUUCGUUAGCAGUAUUCAGCAAGGGAAAUAUCACGAGGCACGAGAGUACUAUGCCUUUGAUAGCCGGUGGAAUCGGCUGCGGAGCGCUGUUGGUGUUUUGCAUUACGCUGGCCUUCGCGAUGCUGGGUUUGAGGAGACACCGUCGGAGCAGUGCGAAAAAGGAUCGAAUUUAUCCUACAAAAACCGAUCAUUUUCUGGACCAAAUGGAACUACGAGAUUUGGGAUCGGCGAUUAGUCCGUACAUUAUCGACCAUACCACUUCUGAUUCCGAAAUGUUGCCCUAUUCUUGCACGGAAACUCAAAGUGCACAUGAUUCGUUAUCUUCUCCGUCGGCUACAGCAGCCUAUGCAUGUAUAAACCAGAACACGCUUCCUCAAGCUAGGUAUAGUACUUGUAGUUACAAACCCGGCAUAAUUCACUGUUGUCCUAGCCCACCGCAAAUAGUUUUUCCUCAAGCAACUCUUAAUAUUACUCAAAAAGUCUCCCUUGAAGAGUGCAAAUCGGUGGAAUAUGUUCCAUCUAACUCAUUUGUUGAAUUUUCAAAACCGAUUCCGGUGCAGUUGUUGACCAUUUCAUCAACAGACUAUCCACUGGCCGCCUGUGUGACAAACAUACAGACGGAUUCUAAUCAAGCAACGUACUUAAAGAUGGAAAACCUAUUCAGGUCCGUUGUACCUGUAUGUCAUGUACAGCCCGAUUUCAUUCCUUCUUCUUGGCACCACAACCUACAUUCACCAUCAACUUCCGGAAACACAGUUCCUAUCAAAGAUCUAAUGACAGACGACUUACGAUGUGACUCCUCCAAAGAAGAAAACCGGCGACCUGUUUACACUCCAUGA